GCCGGGCACCGUCGUCGUGAACACGGCCGCGAUCGCGCGGUGUUCAGCUGCUGGCUACCACCACCGCACCAUACGUCCGCGCUUGACGUUCGCCUUGCGGACAAUAGUCCGCGCUAGUGCCCUCGUGUCCGCGCGGCCAACGUCGCGGUCGAUAGGACCCGCACCUGACGCGAGAGGGUACAGCCAGGUGAAGGAUACCCGGAAGAAGAGGAGGAAGCGAAAGAGGUGGUGGUGGUGGUGCAGUAAAUUAGCUCUCGGCCACGCGCUUCACGUGCUCCUCUUCCAAGAAUUGAAAUCGUACCGUCAAAAAUUGUCUCUUUCUCAAGAAGAAUUUUCCGUAUUUCCUGUAUGUACGUGACCUCGUGGUGAGGAUCACGGCGCAACCAUAUCCUCCAGGGACAUCGCGAUACCGGGGCAAGGUUACUGCGCGCUCGCCACGUCCUCAAGUGAGAAGCGCAGGUGAGAGGAAUCACCGGGCAGGCGCGUCGAAAGGUGCAACUGCACACCUGGAUUCGCCAUCUCUCCGGCUCCAGCAUAAGAUGCGAUCGGCGGGCACUCGCUCUCUACGUCGAUCACGACAAUCCAGAGCAAUCCGCGUCGAGCAUCGGGAUUAAGACGUUGGGUGUAUUGGAGAGAAAGAGAGAGAGAAAGAGAGAGAGAGAGAGAGAGAGAGAGACUCAUCAUCAUAUUUGCGACAAAAGAAUUGACGCAACGAAUCGAGCAAGCACGGAGCAUUCUCGAUGACAUCGCCGAGAACGACCGAUCGUUCAUGCGAUUAGUCAAGAGCGAGUGCGGGAAGGGAGACCGAACGUGCAAGAUCGGGCGAUGAGAAUCUCCUCCCGAACGGUCGAGGAGUCCCGGAAUCGUCGCCUCACGCAGCCCCGGGCGCCGAGGAGGCCGCGACGUCGUUGAAGGCCGUCAUAGUCACCAGAGGAACGUCGCGUUCGCGAGACAGAGGCACUCGAGGUACUCGAGGAUGUCGCUGCACUAUCCUCAGGGAUACCGGUACCGAUCCGCAUCAAAGGCGGUCAGCGGGACCGGGGUCGGCGAGCAGGGCUCCGACAGCGACGUGGCGGAGCUCAGCGACCUCGAGGACGAUGAGGAUGAGGAUGAGGCUCGUGAAUCUGCCGAUAAGCGAGCGAUCGAGGGAGAAGACGAAGACGAGGAUGACGAGAACGGUGAGAUUGAUGUGGACGACGAGGACGACGACGAUGAUGAUGACGACGAGGAUGACGACGAUGAGGACGAGGAGGAGGAGGGCGAGGGUCUACCCUAUCCAGGCUUCAUUCCGAUCGCUCUCAGAUAUCUCGACCAGACCACACGACCGCGCAACUGGUGUCUCGCGCUGAUUACUAAUCCGUGGUUCGAAAGGGUGAGCAUGAUGGUGAUCCUUCUGAACUGCAUCACGCUCGGGAUGUAUCAGCCAUGCGUGGACGACCAGUGCGUAACGAAUCGAUGUAAAAUAUUGCAGAUGUUCGAUGAUAUCAUUUUUGCCUUCUUCUCCUUGGAAAUGACCAUAAAAAUGGUAGCGAUGGGGAUUUGGGGUAAAGGAACUUAUCUCGCGGAUUCUUGGAAUAGAUUAGAUUUCUUUAUAGUGGUGGCUGGGUAA